AACGGAACAUGUCAAAUCCCGGGGUGCCGAGAUGGUUGAUGCUUGUACGUGUCGUAUGAUGGAAAUAGAUACAAUACGAGAAUGGAAACCACGUCUCCAGGAAGACUGAGGCGAUAUCGUGAACAGGAGGAUUCGGAGCCUCUUCUCGCCCGGCGACUCGCAUGGCAGAACGAGCCCUCGUAUCGUUUGCGCAAAAAAGCUUGGUUGGUGCAGCGCCCCUCUCGCACAUACUUGUACUGUACUCGUCAUGAUUUGCUGUAUCUUAUAGCGGGGCCCACUUCAUUGUCGCUGAACCUGAAGAUCUUGCCGUCGAUCCCACAGCUUGUAUGGCAGAGACAAAUACCAACCACCCCAACAGCGCUUGGAUGUCUCGGCGAGAGACGACGAAGAAGGGGCUGCGAUGGCCAAAACUUUGCACAAGUAGACUAUUGUAUACUCCAGCAUUAAUGCAUACCAACACUCUUAACAAAGAGUGCUGAUGACCCCUGCCGGUGAUGGAUGAUCUGGGUGAUCCAAAGUGGCUACCAGUGGGCGAGGGCUGCGUGUGCCAGUGAGAGCAAGGAACCAACCAGGCCAGGCUAGGGAGUGGACACAGUAGUGGAGUCGGGGAUCGAGAGCCUUCGUUCCUUGUUGCGUGCAAGCACAAGGCAGUGGAAAGCGAAGCAUGUC